AUGCAUAUUCCUAUCGAAACGGAAGACACGGCGCUUGUUAUUCGUGUAAAUCAAAAUCGGGAUCCAUUGCUGGUUUACAUUGGAAAACGACUUUGCAAUAGUACAGAAUAUGCAUCAAUUCCUAGCUUCGACGCUAAACAGCGUAAUGGUGAUUAUAGUGGACAGUACAGCGCGGCUUACACGCCAAGUGGUACGCGCAAUUUGCUGGAACCCGCUAUUCAAGUUAUUCAUGCUGACGGCAAUCCAUCGUUAGACUUAAAGUAUGUUUCUCAUAAGCAAGAUAUGGUAAAUGGCUCCAGUGCGAUCAUAUUGACCAAGAUUCAACUCAAAGAUCCAGUGUAUCCUUUCGAAGUAAUCCUUUACUAUAAAGCUUAUUACAAAGAGAAUGUUAUCGAACAGUGGACAAGUAUCAGACAUACAGAAACCGAUGUCGUACGUUUACAAAAGUACAGUUCAGCCAAUCUAUAUCUCAGUUCAGCUCACAGCUACUAUCUAACACAUUUUCACGGUGACUGGGCAAAGGAAUUAAAACCAGAAGAAAUGCUUCUCACUGCUGGUAUAAAAGUAUUGGAUACUAAACUAGGAACUCGAGCCGAUCUUUUCCAAGCACCUUCCUUUCUCUUAUCAAUGAAUCAGCCGAUAGACAAAGAUAACGAUGAUCAUGGCGAAGUCUUGAUUGGUACAUUGGCCUGGUCUGGUAAUUAUCAGAUACAGUUUGAAAUCGAUCCAUUGAAUAAUUUACGUCUUAUUGCUGGUAUCAAUCCAUACGCAUCAGAAUACAUCUUAGCUCCUGAUACGGAAUUUGUCACGCCUAGUUUUCUGUUCACCUAUUCAUACCAUGGUUCAGGUAUGGCUAGUCGAAAUUUACAUCGUUGGGCGAGAAAAUUUCGUAUUCCACAAGGAGAAGACACUCGACUUACCGUACUCAACAACUGGGAAGCAACAUUUUUUGACUUCAAUGAGAAUACGUUAGCUGCAUUGAUCAAAGAUGGUAAGAAACUUGGCGUUGAUUUGUUUCUUCUUGAUGAUGGUUGGUUUGGCAACAAAUAUCCCAGAAAUGACGAUCGAGCAGGUUUAGGUGAUUGGCAAGAAAAUGUUCUGAAAUUGCCGCAUGGUAUUGGCUAUUUAAUAAAGGAAGCUGAAGUAACUGGAAUUAAGUUUGGUAUCUGGUUAGAACCAGAAAUGGUUAAUCCAAAAAGUGAGCUAUACGAGAAUCAUCCUGACUGGGUAAUAAAAGCACCUAAUCGGCCCGAGUACUACUAUCGAAAUCAACUUGUUCUUGAUCUGUCAAAUAAAGCAGUACAAGAUUUUGUCUAUGGUCUUGUUGAUCGAAUGUUUACCGAGCAUCCAAUGUUAGCAUACAUUAAAUGGGACUGUAAUGCUGUCAUUUAUAAUGCUUAUUCAUCAACAAAUCCUCAUCAAUCACAUCUCUACGUAGAUUAUGUUCAUGGUCUAUACAAUGUUCUUGAUCGUCUUCGUCGAAAAUAUCCAACUGUACCAAUUAUGUUAUGUUCAGGCGGCGGAGGACGAGUUGAUUAUGGUGCUCUCCAGUAUUUCACUGAAUUUUGGCCAAGUGACAACACUGAUGGUAUCGAACGUGUUUUCAUUCAAUGGAGCUAUUCUUUCUUUUUUCCAGCAAUUGCCACGUGUAAUCAUGUUACUGAUUGGGGAAAACAAUCUUUAAAGUUUCGAACAGAUGUGGCUAUGAUGGGCAAAUUAGGUUAUGAUAUUGUAGUGAGCAAACUUGAUGAACAUGAGCUUAGUUUUAGUCAGGAGUCAUUACGUAUCUAUAAUCGUAUCAAACAUAUUAUAUGGUAUGGUGAUCUAUUUCGACUUGUAUCACCAUAUCGAUCUGGUAGUGACAUAGCCUCGUUAAUGUAUGUCAAUGAGAAUCAAAGCCAAGCAAUCUGGUUCACUUAUUUAAUUAAUAACCGAUAUCGAGCGGGCAGUAAUCGUCCGAUUCUCUUAAAAGGAUUAGAUCCAACUAAAACUUACAAAAUUCAAGAAAUAAAUAUUUAUCCAGACACGAACAACUCAACAAUUAUCAAUGAGAACAAUGUAUCAGGCGAUUAUCUAUUGACAUGUGGGUUUAAUCCAAUGGUGGAUGAUAAGCGAAAAAGUGUUGUCAUCGAAUUAACCGAGCAAAGCUUAUAA